GCUGCGCAUGCGCAGCUGCUGCAUACUGUGUUGCUCGUCCAGUCCCGCCGCCGCGUGGUUUCUGCCACGGGCGCUGCAAGAGCUGGAAAGUUGCAGCGCAGAGUGGUAACGCCGGCGACCGUUGCAAGGACGAGUCUGGCCCUGCAGGCUUCCCCGGGGAUAUAAACUGCGUCCUGCACUUCAGCGGCGCCUAUGGUCGCUUUUCUUCUCAAGGAGCUGCUCCGUAUGAAACUUGACUCGGCUGCGCUUCCAGUUCAGCGAGGUUCGUGCAAGUCCAGUGCUUUUGUGUUUUUUCUCGGAAGGAAGCCCUGCUUGUGCUCGGUGGGACUUCCCCCCGAGGAAGCUCUUGCAACUUUGCGCCCAAUCCGCCGGCGUCCCUCUUCGCAGAAAUGUCAAAGCAGGCACCAUAGAGAUAGGUGCCUCGUGAUGAAAAUGACGGGAAUGUUACCAUAGCAAUGUAAUUGGGGGACGCGCAGGGGAAUUUCUUAUUUCUCUUUUCCUGCUUCCUCAAAAAGUCUCUGGAGGCGUUUGCAGAAUAACAGAUUUGGACAACUUCUUAAUUUGGACCGUGAAGACACUUGGUUGCUUUUCGUGGCUCUUCAAAUGUUAUCUUUGCAACUGUAGGAAAAGCUAGCUCAUUAUUGGUAUUAAAACAUGCAGCUUCUUGCAUUGCAGCAGUGAUGAGGAAGACUCUGGCCCUGCAGGUGUUGCCGGGUGCAGCCCCAUCAGCCCCAGACUGAUGGGUCAGGAACGAUGGUCAGGGAUAAUGGAAGGGCCAUUACGCCUUUUCUGUACAGAUGUGUACCCUUAAGUGGGGCAGGGGAAGCUGUACAGCUGUUGUGUGAGCAUUGCAAAUGUAUAUUUUUGUGCCUGUGCAUACAUUUUGAAGGUGAUGAAGCAGGUCUUAAACAUCAUUUGAGGCAGUUGUGGGAAGCGCAUUCUUCUAGAAACUCCUCAUUUAUUUGCCAGUUAACUGAAUCAGCUAGAAUCAUUCAGCCCCAUGUUUAGCCAAACAGGCUGUGUUCAAUGCAUUCGGCUCUCACAGUAGCUAAAAUAUGUGGGGAAUCUCUUUUGGCUAGAUAUAAAAUGUGCAUCUGUUUAUGUGAAAUGAGUUGCUUUUAUUUUCUCUCUCUGCCUGCAGAUUUGAAAGAGAAGCUUCAUCUGUGAGUCUCGAAAUGGAUGGGCUUCUCAGAAGAGGGAAAACGAUUCUUCCUGCUUUGAAAAAUUGGUUUGGUUGGUGCCAAAAGCAGCAACAGUGUUGCAGGUUUUAUUGUGAUCUUCAUGCAAGACAAAAGUGUGUAUCCCAGCACUUCCAGUCGAUGAAUCUGCGGGAGGAUAGCAUAGCAUCACAGCAAACCAGCAAACCAGGUGAACUGACAUGUAAAAGUCAGAGAUUGAUGUUACUAGCAGGACUUAUCUACCCAGCCAGUCCCGGCUGCUUCCACUAUAUGCCCUACACUGUCCGAGCACUGGAGAAGCUCAUCAGAGUGAUAGACCGAGAAAUGCAGGCUAUAGGGGGUCAGAAAGUGAACAUGCCCGCAUUGAGCUCAGCAGAGCUCUGGAGAGCCAGUGGAAGGUGGGAACUCAUGGGCAGUGAACUAUUACGACUGGCAGACAGGCACAAUCAAGAAUACUGCCUAGGACCUACUCAUGAAGAGGCCAUCACAGACCUAAUUGCUUCCCAAGGCCAUUUGUCUUACAAGCAGCUUCCCCUCUUGCUGUACCAGGUAACAAGAAAGUUUCGAGAUGAGCCAAAACCACGCUUUGGGUUGCUGCGUGGCAGAGAAUUUUAUAUGAAGGAUAUGUACACCUUUGAUACCUCCAAGGAAGCUGCCCUCCAGACCUAUGCCCUUGUGUGCAACGCUUAUGGCAACAUAUUCAACAACUUAGGCCUUCGGUUUGUGAAAGUCCAAGCAGCUACUGGAAGCAUCGGGGGGACGAUGUCUCAUGAAUUCCAGCUGCCCGCUGACGUUGGUGAGGACCGAUUGAUGAUGUGCACAGGCUGCGACUUUGCAGCCAAUGAGGAAACGAUAAACCCAGAUGAGAAGCAUUGCCCAGUUUGCAAAGGGAAACUAGCUGAGUACAAAGGGAUUGAAGUUGGCCAUACCUUCUUCUUGGGCACAAAAUACUCCUCUGUUUUUAAUGCUACCGUCCGCACUGCAGAAAAUAAGCAUAUUCCGGCUGAAAUGGGCUGCUAUGGGCUGGGUGUGACUCGGAUUCUUGCAGCCUCCAUUGAGGUGCUUUCUACUGAGGACGCCAUUCGGUGGCCAAGCCUCAUUGCACCAUAUCAAGUCUGCCUUAUUCCCCCAAAGAGAGGGAGCAAGGAGGAGAAAGGGGCAAUGCUCCUGGAGGAUUUAUAUGACUGUAUUGUUGAAGCAGCCCCUUGGCUUAAGGAGGAGAUAGUACUGGAUGACCGGACACAAUUCACCAUUGGUAAAAGAUUAAAGGAUGCAAGUAAACUUGGGUACCCCUAUGUUAUAAUAGGUGGCAAGAAGGUUUUGGAUGAGCCUUCUCUAUUUGAAGUAUGCAAUCAAAAUACUAAUGAGACUUUGUUCCUUACCAAAGAAGCCAUUGUUAACUUGCUGAGUAAAGUGCAGACUCGCUAAAUACUGGAUGUGUAGCUUUUGAAUACCGAAAUGUCAGUGUUUCCCCUCUGCCAUCUUAAGCAUAUGGCUAUGGGAGUCUAUGGGAAUUAUUUUUAUUUGUAUCUUCCAGCCCAAGGAUUACUGUGAAGGCAGAUAUGGUGCUGCCUAUAUGCCAAAGCCUCAUGUGCAAACUUGGUUGCCCUUUGAUUUCAACAGCAGACAGUUCCAUCUGUACAUUUGGGAUCUUCUGCAAAGGUGAGGAUCCUGUAGCCCUCCAGAUGAUGUUGGCUGCACCUUCCAUAAUCUCCAGCCAACAUGACCCAAUGGCCAGGAGUGAUGGGAAUUGUAGGCUAACAAUAUCUGGAGGGCCACAGUUUUCCCACUGCUUAUUUUGCAUAACCAUAGGCCGGCCUUUCGUUAUGCAAAAUAAUAAUAGUGUCCUGCUUGACAAUUAUUUGGGGGACAGCAGCCUGAAGCUAGAUGUGAUUAAGCCUUAAGGUAAAAAGAAAGUUUGCAGUAAUGUGUUUGCCAGUGCAGCUGUGGUCAUGGAAGCAAAAGGUGAAUCCCCACCUCUAGUUUUUCUUAGGUGCGCUGUGCCUCUGUGUGAGGGAUUCUCAUGGUCUGAGCACUUAACUGGAUUUGUCCCAUCUAAUCAUCAGCUACAUGAAUUCAAAGACUGAGUUGCUGCUUACAUACUAGUGGGUCUUGAUUAUACUAGCCAAAUACUUCCUGGAAGGAUUCGAGAUGGACUUUGCUAAAAAAAUAUAUAUACCAAGUUGAUCUUUGUAAACUUUUUUUUUUUAAAGAAAAGAAAAAUCAUGCCUUCUUGAGUAGAGUAUUCCCCCCCCCCCCCCCAAUCUGCAUGUUAAUUAAAAGUAAAUUUUCCUCUUCUGAUUGUAAGGUUCAGUUUCUAAGUAUGGAAAACAAAUUCCAAACAACAAAAUUGAUGGAACCUGGUUAAUGCUGAGCUUCUGAGUUAGCCAAUUAAAUUGGCUAUUAUUCUGAAAUCCUGACACCUGAUUGCCAAAUAGGCUGCUGCUGUUCUUCCUCUCUUUAAGAUCAUGUACUGUAAUCUGAAUUUUCAGUAUUCAUAAACAUUUCACUUAAUUAAAAGAUAUACAGCUAAGUUUGAAUAUUGUUUUGCUUUAAAUAUGACGUACCCACACUCCUGUAACUUUUUCCCAUUGAUAAAGCAGUUGUGAGCAUUGAGCAUGGCUAAGAGAGUAAGGCUGCAAUCUUAGCCCCACCUAACUGGAAAUAAGCUCCAUUGAAUUAAAUAGGAUUUGCUACUGAGUAGCUAUGUUUAGGAUUGCACUGUAAGCUAGGAAUGGAAAGCCUGUGACCCUCUAGAACAGCCUUUCUCAACCUGUGGAUCCCCAGAUGUUGUUGAACUACAACUCCCAUCACCCCUAGCUAGCAAGAACAGAGCUCAGGGAUGAUGGGAGUUGUAGUCCAACAACAUUUGGGGACCCACAGGUUGAGAACCGCUGCUCUAGAAGGUGUUGGCUUACACCUCCCAUCUUCCCUCACCCUUUGCCAUGUUCAGGGCCAAUCGGAGAAAGGUAAUUUAGUUCAGAACUGCAAAUUUAAGCAAAUAAGAGAUGAGAUUUGAUAAAAGACAUUACCGGUACUUUUUUGUUAAGUGAUGCAGAUUUUGCCACAUGCUAAAUGUGAAUAAAUGCAUUUGCACAG